UUUCUGCACUUUUAUCAUAAUCCAUCAAUGGAUUAAAAGCGUGGAUGCAGAUGAAACCGAUCAUCAAAGAAGACAUAAGAAGAGGAUCAAACGAUCAAGGAGUUAUGUUUCAAACAGUCAUCUAUAAAGGACUCAAUUAGCAUAUGUCAAGAGGGCAUUUACAUAAGGGCCAUAUUUAGGCUGGUGUCUCAGAGCAGAGCCACUCACAUCCAGAGAGCACAAGAGGAGAGAAGCCGCAUAAGCUUGUGUGCUGGAGUGCGUAAGAGAGAGUAUUUGAUACACAGGGGACCGGAGCAAAGGGGAGUAGCCUGGAAGGUCGAGAGAGCAUGUGCUAAAACCUGAAGAGAGAGAAAGAGAGAGAAUCGGAUGUAAACACGCAUUGACUGUCAAAGCCGCAAGCAGUGACUGCGCAAAGCACUAGGGAAAGAGAAACCACAGGGGUUCUCCUCACGACAACUUUUCUUCGAGUGUCGGUGAUGGGUGCAGUCGGCGAGCUGGUGGGCAGCUUCUCUCACGGCUUGGAGAGCUUUGCGCACGGGGCUCAUUUCGUCCUCACGCCCCCCGGGGACUCCGGUGCUCUGAUGAACGAGCACAUCGUCUCCGCCGAGCGCCUGUCACGCAGCACUUCACCGGACCUGACGCAUCUGAAAGGGAUCCUCCGCCGCCGGCAGCUCUACUGCAGGACCGGCUACCACCUCGAGAUAUUACCGGACGGAUCGGUGCAAGGCACGAGAAAAGACCACAGCAGAUUUGGUAUAUUGGAAUUCAUUAGCCUCGCUGUGGGGAUGGUGAGCAUCCGUGGUGUGGACAGCGGACUGUAUCUGGGAAUGAACAGCAAGGGCGAACUGUACGGAUCUGAAAAGCUGACAGCGGAGUGUGUGUUCAGGGAGCAGUUUGAGGAGAACUGGUACAACACUUACUCUUCUAACCUGUAUCGACACGGCGAGCGAGGAUCCCAUUAUUACGUAGCCCUCAACAAAGACGGAACGUCUCGAGAUGGAGCUCGCUCUCGGAGGCACCAGCGCUUCACGCAUUUCUUGCCUCGGCCUGUGGAUCCAGAGCGCGUUCCUGAGCUUUACAAGGAGAUACUAGGUCACAGCUGAAGCCACUGAACCUCAAAUUCAACCCCCCCAAAAAGCACCUGCAUGCUCUUUAUCCCCCUCGGACAAACCUGUCUCAGGAGAAAGCAGCGCAGACGAGGGGGAAAAGAGGCCCUCU